AGCAACCAGCAAGAGAUUGAUUCGAUAAGCACGAUUGAAUCUAAUUUCGUUUCCGAUUUCCUUGUCUGACCUAACAAUGCCUACCAACGCCGCCGGGACGAGUUUGUCUUCUUACAAGCAUUUUGUCGCCACCGGGACGGUGAAAUCAGAGAGCCUUGAAUCUGCCGCGUAUGAGAUUCCUCGGAAGAGAAAGAAGAGAUCGGAUUCAGCGGCGGUGAAUCUUAUGUCUGGAAAUUCAAUCUCCUCGCCGAAGAAAUUGAAAUCUCAUCGACCAAGUGCUGUUUUCAAUCUCAGAAUAUCAGAAAAGGAAGUUAUGGAAGACUCUAAUGAAAUUUUGAGAAAUCCAGUGAAUUUGGCAGUGGAGAAGUUAUCUGAUUGUUUAGAUAACUGGAAUCCUAGAGAUGAGGAGCAAAUGAGAGCUGUGAAAGAGGCAUUGCACGUGUCCAAAGCACCAUCAACAAUUGUUUGCCGCGAGGACGAACAAAGUCGGAUUUUCGAGUUUGUGAAAGGCUGCAUAGAUCAGCAAAAGGCUGGGAGUUUGUAUAUAUGUGGUUGUCCUGGAACUGGAAAAUCACUGUCCAUGGAGAAAGUAGUACAACAAGUUGGUGAUUGGUCAACGCAGGCAGGUUUGCCCCCUGUGGAUACAUUGUCAGUGAAUUGCACUUCGCUGACAAAAACAACGGAUAUUUUCAGCAAGAUACUUCAUGAAAUCAAGCCUGGAAAGAAAGCUAACACUAACUCUUCACCUCUACAACAUCUUCAGAAUUUGUUUUCUCAAAAACAAGAAUCAUCCAGCUCAAGAAUGAUGUUAAUAAUAGCAGAUGAGAUGGAUUACUUGAUCACUAAAGACCGAGGAGUCCUGUAUGAUCUUUUUAUGCUUACAACUUUGCCAUUUUCAAGGUGUAUACUUAUAGGUGUAGCAAAUGCAAUAGACCUUGCAGAUCGUUUCCUUCCAAAACUGAAGUCCCUUAAUUGCAAACCUAUGGUUAUAACUUUCCGUGCUUAUUCUAAAGAUCAGAUCCUUAGGAUACUUCAGGAGAGGCUUAUGGUUCUUUCAUAUGUUGCAUUUCAACCAAAAGCCUUGGAGCUCUGUGCCAGAAAAGUUGCUGCAGCAUCAGGUGACAUGAGAAAGGCACUAUGCGUCUGCAGAAGUGCUCUAGAAAUCUUAGAAAUAGAAGUAAGAAGAUCAGCUGGUCCAGAAUCACAAGGUCCUACUCCAGUUGAUUCAGUGGUGAGGAUGGAUCAUAUGGCUGCUGCAUUAUCUAAGACUUUUAAAUCUCCUGUAGUUGAGACUAUUCAAUCUCUUCCUCAACAUCAACAAAUCAUAAUAUGUGCUGCUACAAAGGCUUUCAGAGGAAGCAAAAAGGAUGCAACCAUUGGAGAGCUUAAUAAGUUAUAUCUAGAAAUCUGUAAAUCUUGGAUGAUUUCUCCUGCUGGAAUUACAGAGUUCACUAAUAUGUGUACAGUGCUAAAUGAUCAGGGGAUAUUAAAAUUCGGUCAAGCUCGUGGGGAUAAGCUAAAGAGAGUUAGCCUGAGAGUAGACGAAUUAGACAUCACGUUUGCUCUGCAGAGGUUGAUCUACUUUGGCACCCUUGAAGGUAAUCAGAAGAAGACGAUGAAAGCAGAAGCAGAAAUCAUCUUCGUUACUUAUCCAGCCCCUGGUCAUCUUCUUGUCUCCAUUGAAUUCGCUAAAUCUCUCAUCAAACGUGAUGAUCGCAUCCACACCAUAACCAUCCUCCACUGGGCAUUACCUCUCGCUCCUCAAGCCCAGCUCUUCGCUAAAUCUCUCGUUGCUUCAGAGCCUCGAAUCCGUCUCGUUGCUUUGACUGAUGUUCAAAACCCUCCAUCCUUGGAGCUCUUCUUUAAAGCCCCCGAGGCUUAUAUUCUUGAGUCCACCAAGAAAACAGUUCCUUUAGUCAGAGACGCUCUCUCCACUAUACUUUCUUCACGUAAUGAACCCGGUUCGGUUCGUGUCAUCGGUUUGGUUAUCGAUUUCUUCUGUGUCCCAAUGAUUCAAGUGGCAAAUGAGUUUAACCUUCCUUCUUACAUUUUCCUAACGUGUAACGCUGGUCUUUUAAGUAUGAUGAAGUAUCUCCCUGAGAGGCAUCGAAUAACCGCUUCUGAGCUAGAUUUAAGCUCCGGCGACGACAAACAUCCGAUUCCCGGGUACGUUUGCUCCGUGCCGACGAAGGUUUUGCCUCCAGGUCUAUUCGUGAGAGAGUCCUACGAGGCAUGGGUCGAGAUUGCAGAGAAGUUCCCAGGAGCCAAGGGCAUUUUGGUAAACUCAUUUACAUGUCUUGAGCAGAACGCAUUUGAUUACUUCGCUCGUCUUCCUGAGAACUAUCCUCCGGUUUACCCGGUUGGACCGGUUCUUAGUUUGAAGGAUCGUCCGUCCCCGGACCUGGACCCAUCGGACCGGGACCGGAUCAUGAGAUGGCUCGAGGACCAGCCGGAGUCGUCAAUUGUGUACAUCUGCUUCGGAAGCCUCGGGAUCCUCGGCAAACCGCAGAUUGAAGAGAUAGCUCAAGCCUUAGAACUGACCGGCCAAAGGUUUCUUUGGUCAAUCCGCACAAAUCCGACGGAGAAAGCAAGCCCGUACGAUUUGUUGCCGGAGGGAUUUCUCGAUCGGACGGCCAGUAAGGGAUUAGUGUGCGAUUGGGCACCGCAAGUGGAAGUUCUGGCCCAUAAAGCGACCGGAGGAUUCGUGUCUCACUGUGGUUGGAACUCCGUGCUGGAGAGCUUAUGGUUCGGUGUUCCGAUCGCCACAUGGCCAAUGUACGCUGAACAACAGCUAAACGCGUUCACGAUGGUGAAAGAGUUAGAGUUAGCCGUGGAGCUGCGUUUAGAUUACGUUUCAGCGUACGGAGAGAUAGUAAAAGCUGAGGAGAUCGCAGGAGCCAUACGAUCGCUGAUGGACGGUGAGGAUACGCCGAGGAAGAGAGUGGAGGAGAUGGCGGAAGCGGCGAGGAAGGCUUUGAUGGACGGAGGAUCUUCCUUUCUUGCGGUUAAAGGAUUCCUCGACGAGUUGAUCGGCGGGGAUGUUUAGUUCUAUUAUAAACGUCGUCGUUGUGGCGUGUUUUGUCUUUAAUCGUUUCUAUUUGGUUUGGAUUUGGUUAGUCGGUUUAAGCUUAGACAUCAACUUAAAAUAAAAUUCCCAAGAAACU